UGUUUUUCCUUUGUAGACAAUUUCAUCAAACAGCAAUUACAUGAGUACAACAUAGGAAAACGACAUUUGGCUAACAUGAUGGGGAAAGACCCUGAGUUCUUCACGCAAACUGAUGUUGAUGAGGCUAUAAGAUAUUUGUUUCCAUCUGGGCUGUUUGACCCACGAGCAAGACCAAUGAUGAAACAUCCUGAUGAGAUCUAUCCUAAACGUAAGGCAGCAGAAUUUGAUGUUAAUGGGCGACCCUAUCACAGUUUGUUCUACACAUCAAAACCAAAUUACUACACACUCAUGCAUGAUUUAGCAGUAAAAUUUAAGCAACUGGAUAGACAUGAAGAUAAAAUAAUAAGCAGGGGAAUUCAAAACCAAAAACCUACAGAAUUGUUUCUGUUUGGGUCUGAAUGGAUUCCAAAACAAAAAAUUUAAAAUGUUCUUCUUGAGUCAUUGACUGAUGCUCAGUAUGUGAAUUUGAUCAAAACGUUCGAACGCUUUAGUCAACAUCCAUAUUCUGUCAUCGAGAAAGAUUUCAUCAUGCAAUUUCGACGUCAACUAGCUGCCCAAGUUGAAAUACAACAAGUUCCUGAGUUGAUGCGUGAUGAAUCGGGUCGCCCCUACAUGACGUAUAAUGCCCGGCGAAAGACCUCUAAUGCUACCGUGAAAGUAAUUGGUCAGGGUACUGGUGUGAUUAGCAUUAACGAAACAGACAUACACUUUUUCCAAAGAGAACAAGAUAAAAAGCAGAUAAUUUUCCCUUUACAAUUCAACGAUAUGCUAGGGAAAGUUGACGUUGUGGCUACUGUGGAUGGCUGUGGCACUUCUGCCCAAUCGGGUGCGAUUCGCCUUGGCAUUUCCAUGUGCCUGAGAUCUUUCGUAAACGCAGAGACCAUAGAGCGCAUGCGUUUGGCCGGACUUCUUUCAUUUGACCCGCGAACACGUGAAAGGAAGAAGCCCGAUCAAGCUGGUGCUCGAAAAAAGUUCACGUGGAAGAAACGAUAGUCAACUUUAAAGUCUUAUGGAUGAGUAAAUACAAAUUAAUCGAUACAUUU